AUGAUUGCUAGUACAGAAUUGCCACUUUCAGUUGAUGUAACCCCGCUGCAUGCUAAGGAUAGCGGGAUGGCGCAUGCCAGGCCCUCUCAUUUUUAUGAAAUAAAGGAAUGUGUAGGAAAAGGAAGCUUUGGCGACGUUUAUCGUGCCAUUUACAAGGAAACCGGCGAAGUCGUUGCGAUUAAAAUCAUAAACUUGGAAGAGACGCAAGAUGACAUUGACAUAUUAGCUCAAGAGAUAUACUUUCUAUCAGAGCUCAAAGCCUCAUUUGUGACUAGCUACUACAAAACAUUUGUGGAGGACGUCUCCAUGUGGAUCGUGAUGGAAUUUUGUGGAGGGGGUUCGUGCGCUGAUCUUCUGAAGCAUUUACCAGAGCACAAAUUUCCAGAGCACAAAGUAGCUUAUAUUGUUAGAGAAGUACUUUGUGGUCUUGAGUACUUGCACAGUCAGAAAAAGAUUCAUCGCGACAUAAAAGCUGCCAACAUACUGGUAACAGAUGACGGUGAGGUGAAACUGGGUGACUUCGGAGUCAGCGGACAAAUUAUGGCAACUUUAAAGCGCAACACUUUCGUAGGGACACCAUACUGGAUGGCCCCCGAGAUUAUUGCGCGAAGAGACAAUGGUUACAACGAGAAAGCUGAUAUAUGGUCAUUAGGCAUCACUGCAAUUGAACUUCUCACAGGCCAACCACCGUAUGCGAAACACGAUCCAAUCAAAGUGUUGAUGAAUAUACCGCUUCGGAAACCUCCAAAAUUGCAGGGUCGUUUCAGUAGUACUGCUAGAGAUUUUAUUGGACUUUGUCUCACUAAGGAUCCUGACUCCCGCCCAACGGCCUCCGAACUUAUGGGCCACAAAUUUCUCAACAGGACUACGUGGCGCGGAGCUGGGUCAUUGAAACGGGAAGUUGAGUUGGUUAAGAUACUGAAGAAACAAAGCAAUUACUUUAAAGAACCCCGAUAUGCUGUCAAGGAUAAAGUGUAUGCAACGGGUUUGAGACCACAUUUGCAGACCUGGAACUUUGAGCAGACGCUUUACAAAAAUCCAAAGCCGUUAAAAUUACAGGGCAUACUGGAGCUCAAGCAUCCAGAGAUGAACUCCGCUGCUUUGGAACAACUGUCUCCCAAGACAGAAAAGAGUCCUAUUUCAGCAAUGGGCAGCAGCGGCGAAGCAAGCACUCCCAUUACUAAUGCUACUUCUCCAAGUAUGAGACAUUACCACAAUGGAAAGGACUUUGACAUAUCGAUGGGAGUUCACGAGGGAAAAGCCGCGAAAAAAUACGCGCAACAGGCUUCGGGGAAAGGUCUUAAUUAUUUUAGACACAUCAUUCUUUACAGCUUUGAAAGAAUCUAUGAAAGAGCGCGGUCUGAGGAUACAAAGCUUGUUGUGAACCGCCUAAGGGACCUUUACGAAGAAGCAGAAAAGUCGCAACCUGGUUUGAGCGAAGCUUUCGUCGAAGAAGUUUAUAUUCGGAUGGAGGAGAUCAAGAAUUACAUUGUUGAGACGUCUUUCUAA